AUGAAACUAAAUACAAUUUUUUCAUUAAUUAUUUUAAUAGUUAAAUUAAUAAUAAUAAAAUGUUAUACAUUUGAUUCAUCAAUUGAUAAUUUACUAUAUGUCACAAAUACUUCAACAUUAUAUGCAAUAUCUUCAUCACAUUUACAUCAAUUACAUUGGUCAACAACAAAUGAAACAUUAUUAUUACUACAUCGACGUGUACAACUUCAUUCAUCACUUGAUAAUACAGAAAAUGGUGUUAGUGUUUUUCUAUAUGAACAAUCACGAAAUUUAUUAAUUAUAUGUUCACGUUCAUUAAUUGGUCGUUGUAUUUUAUAUGAUGCAAAUGAUAUAAGUAGAAUUUAUAUUCUUGAUUCAACAAUUGAAACAAAUUAUCUUGGUUGUUUAUCUGGUUGUUAUACAUUUUUAUCAUCAACUAUAAUUCGUUCAGCUUUUAUAGGAAAUCGUCAUGAUAGAAAUGGAAAUAUAAUUAAUUCACAAAUUGAAUUAAAAAAAGAUUUAUUUCAAUAUAAUAUUAAUUAUCAAUUUCAAUCAAGUGAUCAUACAUUAAUAACAUCAUUAACAUUUUUAAAUGAGAAACCAUCAAAUAUUGAAUAUAUCUAUGGUUUUGAUUAUCAACAGUAUACAUAUUAUAUACUUAAAUCAUCUCGUUUAGCUCGAUUAUGUCAAGCAUCAAUUGCAAUGCGUAUGACUUAUGAAGAAGUUCCACUAAUUAAUUGUCAAAAUAAUUCAUCGAUUAUUACAGGAGCUUUUCAUUCAUUUGAGAAUUUUGAUUAUUUAUAUAUUAUUUAUGACAAUACAAUUUGUAUUUAUACAAUGAAUGAAAUAAAACAUGCAUUUAAAGCAUCAAAAAUUCAGUGUCAAUUAGGUCUUGGUUAUCGUCUUGCAUAUAUUGUCGAUAGCGAUGAAACAAGAUCAAUGUGUGAAAAAGUAAUUCAUUUGAAUAUUAAGUUACGUUUUCCUCCUUCAAAAAUCAGUCUUGGACCAGAUGUAUUCAAAUUACAUGAAAUUUUCAGUAGAUACUCAACAAACAAGGGUAAAAAACGCUCAUCGGGGAAUCCAUAA